UCCUUCUCCACCGUAUCAUCCCCAGCUCUAUAAAUUCUUCCUGGUACCGAGCGACAGAAACCCAAGAAAGUCUGAACAAAUCACCGAUCAAAGAACGAUCCCUCCCAAAUCAAUUGCUCACCCUUCCGCUUCCAACAAAUCAGUCGAUUCCUUCCACCAGCAGCUUGAAUCCCCACCGACAAUGUUGCUGAUCCGCCGCAGCAACGUGUUCGACCCCUUCUCCCUCGACUUCUUCGACCCCUUCGACGGCUUCCCCUUCGGCUCCGGCAGCAACAGCAGCGGCAGCCUCAUCCCGCGCACCUCCUCCGACACGGCGGCCUUCGCGGGCGCGCGCAUCGACUGGAAGGAGACGCCCGAGGCGCACGUGUUCAAGGCGGACGUGCCGGGGCUGAAGAAGGAGGAGGUGAAGGUGGAGGUGGAGGACGGCAACAUCCUCCAGAUCAGCGGCGAGCGGAACAAGGAGCAGGAGGAGAAGACCGACACCUGGCACCGCGUGGAGCGCAGCAGCGGCAAGUUCCUCCGCAGGUUCCGGCUGCCGGAGAACGCCAAGGCGGAGCAGGUGAAGGCGUCCAUGGAGAACGGCGUGCUCACCGUCACCGUGCCCAAGGAGGAGGCCCAGAAGCCCGAGGUCAAGUCCAUCCAGAUCUCCGGCUAGGCGUCUGCGCGCUCGCUGCGCGAUGAGGUGGACUGCAGAGCAGAGGUGUGGAGUUUCGCCCCGGUCGUCGUGAUGAAAUAAAAUCAGAGUUUGGUUGUGCGCGGUGUGUUAGUACUCAGUGUUGUGAGAAUGGUCCAAUGUUGCAGCCAGUGUUUUGAGUCUCUCGCGUCUGUGUUUUGAGUCUAGUUUGUUCGUCAAUCUGUAAUUCAUCAGCAACUGAGUAAAUCCAUUACCAUCUCCGUCUCGGAUAAGAGACGGAUAUCUCUUAUCGGAGCCCUUGACUUAUACACCUUUUCUUUGUAAUAGCAAUAGCAUUUCAUAUUUUAUGUUA